AUGUCCGCUUCUAAUUAUUUACCGAGACUUUGCCAUCAUCGGCUUGGGAAUCUAUUAAGAAACUAUUCAACAACAGCCAAUAUAAAUAUUACUGCUGCUACAAGAAAUAGCUUUAAAAUGGGAAUAGAAGGAUGUAGAUAUGUGACUUAUUUACGGCGUUCCGAUAAUCCAGGUCUUCGAAUUAGUCGAAUGCCUCCUGCUCAAACGAAAUCUAAACCGUCACCAGCAGUAAACAAUUCCAAUACAUCAGUGAAUACACCAGUCACUAUCACAGAGCAUCCUGAUAGUGUUUUAUCGUAUGCGAAAAUACCCACGGGACUUGCUGCAAUCCUUAGUAACUCGGCAUUGGUGGUCGUGAGACAAUUCGAAAUGCUGAAUAUUUUCUUGGGCUUCGAGCAAGCAAAUAAAUAUGCGCUUCAUGAUCCAGAGGGUAAUUCAGUAGGAUUUAUUGCCGAAGAAGAGCAAUCUUUUUCAUCGACACUUUUCCGCCAAUUAUUUAGAACUCAUCGACCAUUUCGUGCAGUGGUCAUGGAUGCACAAGGAAAUGUGGUAUUAAAGGUUCAACGACCUUUUGCUUGGAUUAAUUCCAGGAUUUUUAUUAGUUCUGGUGAUGACGAGCCGAUUGGUGAGGUUCAACAACAGUGGCAUCUUUGGCGUAGACGAUAUAAUUUAUUCAUUGGUGACACACAAUUCGCAAGAAUCGAUGCACCAAUAUUGUCAUGGAAUUUCAAUUUGGAGGAUGAACAUGGUGGAAUUCUCGGGAAUGUGAAUCGAAAUUUUACUGGAUUCGGAAGAGAGAUUUUCACUGAUGCAGGGCAAUACGUAAUUCGAAUGGACGCGGCAGAAGGACACGUCCGAGGAAUGACAUUAGAUGAACGAGCUGUCACAGGAAUCAACAAUAUUAUUGCUAUUGAUCUUGUUCCCCGUCAAGAGCUCCUAUCUGCUCGUGUUACACCUUAUGAAUCGCCUCUAUUCAGAAACAGAGAGACUACCGAUCUUAUUAUGGUCGUUUGA